CACAUCAUCAAUCAAUCAAUACGAAAGCAUGCUUGGCGGUACACAGCCUCUCAAUUCUCAUCUUGUGCAAUUCUGUGAGCAUUGCAAGCCCGACUGAGCAACUGCUCUCGCGCAUCUCCUGGUUAUCGCAGCCAUGUCCCGCCCAAACAUAAACGCGCCAAUACCUUCAUAUGAAGAGGCCGUUACGGCGCCUCCGCCUACAACAGUACCGCAACCUCCUUCCGAGCCCGCCGCUGCCGAACAACCUACCGUAGACACAGAGCCAACACCCACCAUCGUCUCAGCAUCGCCUCCGCCCGAAUUACCUCCCGCAUACGCUACCGUCGACGAAAAGGCCACGACCUUCACCAUCUACGGCACUUUCAUCCACACGCCGAACGCGCCCGCCUACCAGCUCUCCUCUCUCCUCGAUGCGCGAAUCAACAAGCUACGGAUACGGAGGCUAAAAGCCGAAGAGAUCACGUUCUUGCAAUCCGGUGCGCCGACAGUCGCCUUCGAUAGCAACAGCGUGCUAUACGAAGCCCACGAUCCGCCAUUCCUCAUCAACGAGUACUACAUCCAAGGCAAAGCGGGUACCACACUACCCGGCGCUUUACAACUGCGCUUCGGUCUGCGCCGAUGGCAUGUUGUGCACAUGCCCACGCAGGGCAGUCGGCCGAACGAGAUUAUGACUUGUGGGAAGCCAGGGGGGUUCACAAAGGCGCUUAAGCAGAGGAAGAACGAGUUAGAACCCAGUCAAUGGAAAGACAGUGAAGGCCAUGUCGUUGCGACAGAGGUGUUGAAGAUGGGACCUGGAGGCAAGAUGCCGACGAUUGAGUUGAGGCAUGAUCUAGACCAGACAUGUCGGGAGUUGAUAUUGGCGCUUUGGGUAGCUCGGCUCUGGGCGGCUUUUGGAGCGGGAAGCGGAUACGCUCACUGAGGGUAUGAUUGCAAAGCAUGUUGGGAGAAGGCACGACACAACCAUCGUCAUAUCAUCUUAUCAUUGAUGCGAUGCUACCCCCUUCGAAGCAACCCCCUACUCGCUACGAACAACCCUCUUGAAUCCCUGCUGCGCGACCUGGUCCUGCGCCGCCGCAAUCACAGCAUCCGCAUUCGGGUCCGUGAAUCCACAUCCCGUCUUUCCGUUCUGCUGGCUAGCCGCCUCAGCAGAGCACACGCCGUCGCCAGUAGCAGCGACCUGACUGCA